UGCCGCACAGGAUGGUAGCACACGACGACCUCCACCCCGUGGCACAAAAGGCGCGCCAAGAACUCUGCCGCGCGCUCGUGACGAGGUUCUACGGUCGUGUGUGGGACGAAUCUACCCUGGACCCCUCCAUCUUCGCCGAUGUUGCCUGCCUCCUGACGCCGCCGUUCAGUGAGGGGAACUACCUUUCCGCGAUGAAGCUUACAGUGGAGGAGGGCGACUACUUGCCAGCCGGGUCGAGCGUGAUAGCCCCUACGUCGGACGAAGACGUGCGAGAGAAGCUGGAUGGAGCUUGGGCCGAAAUCCAGAAGCGAGCCGUCACAGCCGUGAAGAAAGCACAAAGACAGGCCGCGGGUGAUAGCGACGGUGGGGGGGCAGGUCCAUUCAAGCGCGCCCGCACUAACGGCGCGGGUCCAUCUCGUCGCAAGAAUGAGAAUCAAGACGACACCUUCGCAGCUUUCGGGCGCAACGAAGUCGCCCCCCAGACCAACGAAGAGGAUGCAGAUGUUGACUUGGUGGAGGAGGAGGUCGUGAGCGAGAUCAUGCGGUACAAGGGAGUCUUUAUGAGGCCAAAAGACGUGAGUACAACAAAUACAU